AGCGUGAUGAGUGACGCAACAGACGCUGCAUAAAUAGUGGCUCGCGCGGCAGCGGCGCUCAGUGACGAGAGGCUUUGUGCGGUCCGGAGGUCUUCGCGUCCCGGUGUUUCUACGCGCUCGGCGUUUUCUCGUUUCAUCACAUUCGUUAACGGGUCAAAAUGCAAAUCUUCGUGAAGACCCUGACCGGCAAGACCAUCACCCUGGAGGUAGAGCCCAGUGACACCAUCGAGAACGUCAAGGCCAAGAUCCAGGACAAAGAGGGCAUCCCCCCUGACCAGCAGCGACUCAUCUUUGCUGGCAAGCAGCUGGAAGAUGGCCGCACUCUCUCCGAUUACAACAUCCAGAAAGAGUCCACUCUGCACCUGGUCCUCCGUCUCCGGGGUGGCAUGCAGAUCUUCGUGAAGACCCUGACCGGCAAGACCAUCACCCUGGAGGUAGAGCCCAGUGACACCAUCGAGAACGUGAAGGCCAAGAUCCAGGAUAAAGAGGGCAUCCCCCCUGACCAGCAGCGACUCAUCUUUGCCGGCAAGCAGCUGGAAGAUGGCCGCACUCUUUCUGAUUACAACAUCCAGAAAGAGUCCACCCUGCACCUGGUCCUCCGUCUCCGGGGUGGCAUGCAGAUCUUCGUGAAGACCCUGACCGGCAAGACCAUCACCCUGGAGGUAGAGCCCAGUGACACCAUCGAGAACGUCAAGGCCAAGAUCCAGGACAAAGAGGGCAUCCCCCCUGACCAGCAGCGACUCAUCUUUGCUGGCAAGCAGCUGGAAGAUGGCCGCACUCUCUCCGAUUACAACAUCCAGAAAGAGUCCACUCUGCACCUGGUCCUCCGUCUCCGGGGUGGCAUGCAGAUCUUCGUGAAGACCCUGACCGGCAAGACCAUCACCCUGGAGGUAGAGCCCAGUGACACCAUCGAGAACGUGAAGGCCAAGAUCCAGGAUAAAGAGGGCAUCCCCCCUGACCAGCAGCGACUCAUCUUUGCCGGCAAGCAGCUGGAAGAUGGCCGCACUCUUUCUGAUUACAACAUCCAGAAAGAGUCCACCCUGCACCUGGUCCUCCGUCUCAGGGGUGGCUAUUAAUUCUUCAGUCUGCAUUCCCAGUGGGCAAUGGUGGCAUUACUCUGCACUAUGGCCAUUUGUCCCAAUUUAAGUUUAGAAAAUACAAGUUUCAGUAAUAGCUGAACCUGUUAAAAAAUGUUAAUAAAGGUUUUGUUGCAUGGUAAGCAUA